GAGCGCUGGCGGCGGCGGCGGCGGCGGCGGCUUCUCAGCGAAGCAAGUGUCUGAAGCUGAGAGUCCUCGGCGGCGGCGGCGGCGGCGGCGGCCGGGACCGAGUUACUGGUGGGAAUUAUUGAUUACCUGGACAUCUUAAACCGAGAAGCCUGUGAACAGGUUCAUUAGCAUCUUGAAAAAUGCGUUUUAUGAAUGCUUUGAAUUAAGAAGGUGUUAACAGUGGUUUGCCAUUUUUGCCACAUAAGAGACAGUAAUCUGAAACAGUUCCUUCCCUGGCAGUUGCCCAUAUACUUAAAACUGGCAGGGUCUCGUACUCUGAGUGACUAUCCUUCAACAAGGAGUAGAGCACUGACAAUCUACUGUAUAAAUGUAAUCUCUUUGGUAGCAUUUACUAUAAUGGACACCUUUUCUGCAUCUAAUUUUCAGAUACAGACUUAACGCUUGUGAUCUGGAAAAGCAUUUUGUACAAAUUGAAAGAUUGGGCUUUCUCUUCAGUUUUCCAGAUGUAUUGUCUCAUCUGCAUACUUGAAACAUCCACAAUCACAUGAACUCCAGAUGUAACCAUGGAGUUUUGCGACCCAUCAAGAUAUAGGAAAAGUGUUGGCCAAGGUUCGGGACCAGGCAGUUUUCCAUCAGUUCAACAAUUAAUAUAAACUAUUAUAUUCUCUGCUGAUUAUCAGGAAUAAAGAGCCAAAUAAAGUCAUGCACAUUCUGUUGGCAGACGGACUAUGUGGCUGUUGAAUUUUACUGUAACUGGUUACUCUUGUCAUUCAAAGUCAACUUAAUAUGCAAGUUAUGUCCUAAUGGAUGUAAAGACCUGUGUUGACGUACCCAGAUUCUAGCAAAUGUUGACUCUAAGAAACCUAUUAUGACUAAUCCUUGGGAAGAGAAAGUCUGCAAAAUGGCUCAAACGAGUUUACUGCAGGGGAAGCAGUUUUACUGUAGGGAGUGGGCUUUCCACAAGCUUCAGCAUUGCCUCCAGGAGAAAACUAACUGCUGCAACAGUGCUGUCAACACACCGCCCCUUGUAAUGAAUUCUGGGAAUAACGCUAGUGUUGUCUCUGGCAAAGGAGCUGCCUGGGGCGUGUUAUUGGUAGGAGGGCCUGGCAGUGGCAAGACAGCCUUAUGCACUGAGCUCUUGUGGCCAAGUUCACCUACAAGCUUGCAGAGAGGCUUACAUCGCCAGGCUUUGGCCUUUCAUUUCUGCAAAGCCCAGGACUCUGAUACUUUGUGUGUUGGAGGGUUUAUUAGAGGUCUGGUUGCCCAGAUCUGCCGCAGUGGACUUCUCCAAGGAUAUGAGGACAAGCUAAGGGAUCCAGCAGUUCAAAGCCUCCUACAGCCCGGGGAAUGUGAGAGAAACCCAGCUGAAGCAUUUAAAAGGUGUGUCCUGCUCCCUCUUUUGGGAAUGAAGCCUCCCCAGCAAAGCCUCUAUCUGCUUGUGGAUUCUGUGGAUGAAGGGUGUAAUGUUACCGAAGGUGAACAGACAUCUACCAGCUUAUCUGGGACUGUGGCAGAGCUUUUAGCUGGUCACCACGAGUUCUUUCCACCAUGGCUAUUACUUCUCUGUUCUGCCCGAAAACAGAGCAAAGCUGUUACUAAAAUGUUUACCGGUUUUCGAAAAAUAAGUUUAGAUGACCUUCGGAAGGCAUAUAUUGUUAAGGAUGUUCAGCAGUACAUUCUUCAUCGCUUAGAUCAAGAAGAAGCUUUGCGACAACACCUCACAAAAGAAACUGCAGAGAUGUUAAAUCAACUGCACAUUAAGAGCAGCGGAUGCUUUCUUUAUCUAGAACGAGUUCUCGAUGGAGUUGUAGAAAAUUUUAUUAUGUUAAGAGAGAUUCGUGACAUCCCAGGAACUCUAAAUGGUCUGUAUCUCUGGCUGUGUCAGAGACUUUUCGUAAGAAAACAGUUUGCAAAGGUUCAGCCUAUUUUGAAUGUGAUUCUUGCAGCCUGCCGACCUCUGACCAUAACGGAAUUAUAUCAUGCAGUAUGGACCAAAAGUAUGUCAUUAAGCUUGGAAGACUUUCAGCGCAAGUUAGAUGUCCUCUCCAAACUUCUUGUUGAUGGACUAGGAGAUACUAAAAUACUGUUUCACUAUAGUUUUGCAGAGUGGCUUCUGGAUGUGAAACACUGCACUCAGAAGUAUUUAUGCAAUGCAGCAGAAGGACACCGAAUGUUGGCUAUGAGUUAUACCUGUCAAGCCAAGAAUUUAACACCAUUGGAAGCACAAGAAUUUGCAUUGCACUUAAUUAAUUCAAACUUACAGUUAGAGACAGCUGAGUUAGCUCUGUGGAUGAUAUGGAAUGGUACACCUGUCAGAGACUCCCUGUCUACACUAAUACCCAAGGAGCAAGAAGUGCUACAGCUGUUGGUGAAAGCUGGUGCUCAUGUCAACAGUGAAGAUGAUCGCACGUCAUGCAUAGUCCGACAAGCCUUAGAAAGAGAGGAUUCCAUUCGGACAUUAUUAGAUAAUGGAGCAUCAGUAAAUCAGUGUGAUUCAAAUGGGAGAACAUUACUGGCUAAUGCUGCUUACAGUGGCAACCUUGAUGUAGUGAAUUUACUCGUCUCUAGGGGAGCAGAUUUAGAGAUAGAAGAUGCUCAUGGGCACACACCACUUACCCUAGCUGCUAGACAAGGACAUACCAAGGUGGUUAAUUGUUUGAUUGGUUGUGGAGCAAAUAUUAAUCAUACUGAUCAGGAUGGCUGGACAGCAUUAAGAUCUGCUGCUUGGGGUGGUCAUACUGAGGUCGUUUCUGCACUACUUUAUGCUGGCGUCAAAGUGGAUUGUGCAGAUGCUGAUAGCCGAACAGCUUUGAGAGCAGCAGCCUGGGGAGGACAUGAGGAUAUUGUACUGAACUUGCUACAACAUGGUGCUGAAGUCAACAAAGCUGAUAAUGAAGGUCGAACUGCUUUGAUAGCAGCAGCCUACAUGGGACAUAGAGAGAUUGUGGAACACCUACUGGACCAUGGAGCAGAAGUGAAUCACGAGGAUGUCGAUGGCAGGACUGCACUCUCUGUGGCUGCACUUUGUGUUCCUGCAAGUAAAGGACAUGCAUCGGUUGUUAGCCUUUUAAUCGAUCGAGGUGCUGAAGUGGAUCAUUGUGAUAAAGAUGGCAUGACUCCACUGCUGGUGGCUGCCUAUGAAGGACACGUUGAUGUGGUUGACUUGCUUCUAGAGGGGGGAGCAGAUGUCGACCACACAGAUAACAAUGGUCGUACACCCCUGUUAGCAGCAGCUUCUAUGGGUCAUGCUUCGGUUGUAAACACACUUCUGUUUUGGGGUGCAGCUGUGGACAGCAUUGACAGUGAAGGGAGGACAGUCCUCAGCAUAGCUUCAGCCCAAGGAAAUGUUGAAGUAGUACGUACUCUACUGGAUAGGGGGUUAGAUGAAAAUCACAGGGAUGAUGCUGGAUGGACACCUUUGCACAUGGCAGCUUUUGAAGGUCACAGAUUAAUAUGUGAAGCACUUAUUGAACAAGGUGCUAGAACAAAUGAAAUCGAUAAUGAUGGGCGGAUACCUUUCAUAUUAGCUUCGCAAGAGGGUCAUUAUGAUUGUGUUCAAGUGUUAUUGGAAAACAAAUCCAACAUUGAUCACAGAGGUUAUGAUGGAAGAAAUGCACUGCGGGUUGCUGCAUUAGAAGGACACAGGGACAUUGUUGAAUUACUUUUUAGCCACGGAGCUGAUGUGAACUACAAAGAUGCUGAUGGUAGGCCUACACUUUAUAUUUUGGCCUUAGAAAACCAACUUACAAUGGCUGAAUAUUUUUUAGAAAAUGGUGCAAAUGUAGAAGCAAGUGAUGCUGAAGGAAGGACAGCACUUCAUGUUUCCUGCUGGCAAGGCCAUUUGGAAAUGGUGCAGGUUCUGAUCACCUACCAUGCUGACGUCAACGCUGCAGACAAUGAAAAGCGCUCUGCUCUGCAGUCUGCAGCCUGGCAGGGCCAUGUAAAAGUGGUGCAGCUUCUGAUCGAGCAUGGCGCCAUGGUGGACCAUACCUGUAAUCAAGGUGCAACUGCGCUCUGCAUUGCGGCCCAGGAAGGGCACAUUGAUGUCGUGCAGGUUUUAUUAGAGCACGGUGCUGAUCCAAACCAUGCUGAUCAAUUUGGACGCACUGCUAUGCGUGUUGCAGCCAAAAAUGGACAUUCUCAAAUAAUUAAAUUAUUAGAAAAAUAUGGUGCAUCCAGUUUGAAUGGCUGUUCUCCAUCCCCUGUCCACACAAUGGAGCAAAAGCCUCUACAGUCAGUGUCUUCAAAAAUGCAGUCAUUAACAAUUAAAUCAAAUAGCUCUGGCAGUACUGGUGGAGGGGACGUGCAGCCUUCGCUGCGUGGGUUACCGAAUGGGCCAGCUCACGCAUUCAGUUCUCCUUCAGAAUCGCCAGACUCGACAGUUGAUCGGCAGAAGUCGUCAUUGUCAAAUAAUUCCCUGAAAAGCUCAAAAAAUUCAUCUUUGAGAACUACUUCAUCUACAGCAACGGCUCAAACAGUGCCAAUUGACAGCUUUCACAGCUUGUCAUUUACAGAACAAAUUCAGCAGCAUUCGUUGCCGCGCAGUAGAAGUCGACAGUCAAUUGUUUCCCCGUCUUCCACAACACAGUCCUUGGGACAGAGCCAUCAUUCACCAAGCAGUGAGUUUGAGUGGAGUCAAGUAAAGCCCAGUUUGAAGUCAACUAAAACAAAUAAAGGGGGGAAAUCAGAAAAUGCCAGCAAAUCUGGGUCAGCUGGGAAAAAAGCUAAACAAAAUAAUUCUUCACAGCCAAAGGUUCUAGAAUAUGAAAUGACUCAGUUUGAUAAAAGAGGACCUACAGCCAAAUCUGGGACUAGUGCACCAUCUAAACAGAUGCCAGCAGAAUCGCAGUGCAAAAUUAUACCUUCAGCUCAGCAAGAAAUUGGUCGAUCGCAACAGCAGUUUCUUAUUCACCAACAAAGUGGGGAACAGAAGAAGAGAAACGGAAUAAUGACAAAUCCAAAUUAUCAUCUUCAGAGCAACCAGGUUUUUCUUGGUAGGGUUUCAGUCCCACGAACAGUACAGGAUAGAGGGCAUCAGGAAGUGCUGGAAGGAUAUCCUUCCUCGGAGACGGAAUUAAGCCUUAAACAAGCCCUGAAGCUUCAGAUUGAGGGUUCUGACCCAAGCUUCAACUAUAAAAAGGAAACACCAUUAUAAAAGUUUCCUAUUCUGUGAAACAGAAGACAUUGUGAUUGGAGUGACUCUUCAGCUACUGGAUGAAAACAUAAAAUGCCUGUUGAUUUGCUGAAAAAAAAAAAUGAAGAAUGUGAUAUCUGCAGUACAGUUACCUUAAAUACUGUAAUGUGCCUAAAUAGUAAGGCUGCCUUCUCAGUGUAACCCUCUGUACUUAAAAAAAUCUCAUUUUGUGUGCUUUGUAUUCACUACCCAAGCGUAAGCACUUUUUUUUUUAAAUGCAGAUACAUACUGCAGUUCCCUGAUAAAAGCUGAAAAAGAUUUUGAGUAAAGUAUUUUAAGUUAAGAUUUGAUAAAUGUGCAUGUGCCAUGAUCAAAUAUAUAUGAAAAGGCAGUGUUCUUUGUAUUUAUUUUUUUCUUUCUGUGGCAAACAAAACUUAAGCCUACUGUUUCAGUUGUAUUUGCCUUGUUGUAGUGUAUGGCUUGUUUCCUGUAUCCUUAAAAAUGUCACUCAAUAAAAUAAAUCAUGCAACUAUUUUACGUUCACUACACCUUCAGCACUGGUUAAAAAUGUGUUUCUAUUUAAUGCCACAUCGAGGUGAAAAAAUAGUUUCAUGAAAGCUUUUUAAAAUGUCUAGUAUUUUAGGGAUCUGCUCCAAGUAGUUUAUAUUUGGAUUUCCCGGUAGAAUCCUCCUAAUCUUUGGCUAAAGGUGUCAAAAAAAAAGAAAAAAGCAAAAGAAAAGAAAAAAGAAAGAAAAGAAAACACACACACAGACUAUAGGCAGAAUAAAGUUCUGCUUCAUUCACUGGGAUGCAGUUUCACCUUCCACUCACUUGUCAUUCCACCUUCAAGAAGACAGAUGAUCAUUCCUGAGGCAUGAAAAUUCUCAGGGACAGAGCCAGGCCUCAGUGGCAUGUGUGUAGAGGGAGAUGCACCUGUCUAUCUGAGGGUAGAUUUUUGAUCCCUGAACAAUUCAUUGACUACCCUUCUCUCUUCCAUCCAGUUAAAUAAAAUAUCUACCACUGUAAAUUGUGAUGCUAGCUUCUCUCUCAGUUGUUUCUAUUUUGUAAAUCACUGCAUGACCAAAAUAGCCCCCACUCAGAAUCAAUUGGAUCAAUUUUAGUGAUUAGUUGGAUGAAUAUUCUUGAUGAAUAUAACACAUGUUUUCCUUCACUGAUGACACCACUAACCUAUCGGCCAUAGCACAGGUGUAUUUUUUUUUUUUUACUGCUAUUUGAUAAAUGGUAGUGAUGGAUUUGCACUUUUCUGUCCACAUACUCUUUCCUGUUUUUCUCUUUGAACAAUCGCUUCCAGAAUGAUGGAUGCCAGGGUUAAGGGUGAAGUCUGUAACCAAGGAAAACAAAGUUGACCACUCAAAUGAGCAUGUGACCCAGAGCUUUAGCCUCCUGGGUGGACUCUAAACCAGUUGAGCUAGCUUAGUGGGUUGUGUGCAUGUCUGGAAAGAUUAAAAUUUAUUGUUUAGAAACCAAGGUUGUAGGUUUGAUCUUUGAAAAAGCCCUGGGAUCUUACAAAACCCAGAAAUUCUGUUCUUUCUAUGUGCAUAGGAGGAAUAAGGGAAGAGAAUUUGGAGAUUCAGCACAAAACCAUUGCUACUACUGGAAAAAAUCUUUAGAAAAUGUCUUAGUAACUGAGGUCAGUAAUGUCAUCUUCACAUAUGAAGGACAUAUACAUGAUACAUUGUUCACAGAAAUAGAAAUGUAUAAUUGGUUGUGAUAAAUGUUUCACUUGAUCUUCCUAUGAGGCUUUUAUUUUUGCUUCUGUUUUUUAAAGUCAGCAAAACUCAUGCGUUUAUGUCAUCAGUAAGUCAUAAUCAAGAAUAGGAAAUAAGUUCAAUUAAUAUUAAGGUGACAUGGCAAUAUUGAUUACUCGAAUGUGAAUGUUUCAAGUAUUGAAUUUUUGUCCCUAUGGGACAUUGAUUAAAUACACUUAAUAGGACUCUUGCAAAGUAGCCUUAAAAGUGUUAAUGAUUCUGUUAAUAAAUAUGAACACAUCCUAUUAUUAUAACCAACUUUACUCAUAUCUCAAAUACAGUACAUUUACGUAAUUUUAGAAGAUGAAGCUCCAAUUUCUUAUUAGGUAUAUUUUUCUUUAGAAAGAGAACCCUGAAAGCUGCCAGUUUUUCUAGUAAACCUUGAAUUAUUGGAAUUGUAUUUAUUUAAUUUUAUUGUUUUUACAAAAAUGCACCUUGUGGCCAAAGGGCAAAGAUAUGACUCAUUACAUAAGGGAUUUAUGUCUUCUGAAGAGCUAAAUGUUUUCAUAUCCAUACUGUAUACACUUGAAACAGUUGGUAGGAAGAGAACCUGUUGGAAAAAUAUGAUUUUCAAAAGUAAAUAUUCCUCUGGAUGUUUUUAUAUUAAUUAAGUUUUGGAAUAGAACAGCAAUGGCUUUCAGUUAGAAUAAGGAUGAAAAGGGGGCUGAAGAUGCCCUGCUUUGCUUAUUUGUUUCUGUGGGGAUUUAUUUAAUACCAUGACCGACAAUAGCUUCUGCUUCAUUAAGAGAGUAAAAAUAGUCCCACAAAUAUAAAACUCCUAAAUAGCUAUUUUUAAAAUAAAAAUGUUUAAAUUUUGUAAAUCACCUGAUGCCACAACACAACCAUGAUGCCAUGUGCUUAUAACAGUUUUAUACCAUUCCAUGUGUGCUCCUUCCCUAACAGUCAUGAGUUGAUAAUAAAGGAAGUGAUAAAAAAUACAGCAAUGAAAAAUAAAAUCUCCAUGUUUGUAGGAAAGGUUUUGGAAGGAAAAUUGACCAGAACUCAGUAUGUCCUGCAAAGUACAGCCAGUUAUGUUAUGUCCUUCACCCUCACCCCCAUGCCUACUGGGAUCCUCACCAAUAAUAGUUCACUGAUUAAAAAAACAGGAGUAAGUACUUUUUCCAAUGUUGUUUGCCUAUGCAAAUGUUUGUUUUACUUUAACGUCCUCCACUUACACUUCUCAGCAAAUGUAGUUUCAGACAAAUGCUUUUUCUUUUUUUCAUUUUUCCCUUGGUUUGGGGUAUGUAAAUAGCCUAAAAUGUACAUUGAAUUUCACAUUGUAAAAGUUUUAUUUUAUUCCUUGUAUUAUAUUAAGCAAAAAUCCCUAUGUAUAUGAAAG